UUCCAAAAAGAGAGCGAAACGCCGGAGGUUAUGGCAAUCGGAAAAGCUAGGGUUUGAACAACUGCGCCCUGCUCUUUCCAGCGCCCUAGCUUCCUGAUUUUUCCUCUCUCCAAUUCGAAGAACACCAGGAGAUUCACCAAUUAUCAAACGAUUUCCCUUCCUGAUCCCAGAAGCUCGCUCCAUGCCCUUCAUUAUGAGCCUGGUGCAUUUUCGUGAGGCUGCAGAUUGUUAAAGAUAAAAGUUAUGACUCCAUAAGUGAAUUCCUUUUUUAUGGGGCUUUAUAUGCAAAGAAGCCCUUAAAGCUGUAGAAGGAUGUGAGGAUUUGAUACCAUCCCUUUAUAUCAUCUUGGGCAUCUGUGCCCAGGUUCCAGGUUGUUAUAAAUAAAGUCGCCUUUUAGGAUGCAUACCUGAUUCUGAUUUUGCUGAUAUAUAAAUAUCGUUGUCUCGGGUCCUCGUUGGACGGGAUUUAAGUUAUUUCUUUACUACAAAAUUCCCUGACUUGGGUUCCGUCUGAUGAGGUUUGUAAGGAUUUGGGGAUAUUAUAUACCAGAAAAUAUUGAUUCUGUAAUUUGGGUAAUUUGGUAAUAUUAAAACUGGUUUCAUACUCUUUGAUGUGGAGAAAAUAUAAAGAACAGAUAUUUGGAGGAUGGAUUCAAACUCACCUUUCAGGGAUUCUACAAAAUCGUGUAGUUGUAGUUCUUCACCAAACAGUUCCAAUACACACUGGUGCCGCUCGGUGAAAAGAAAGCUCGAAGAGACUGAAGAUGGGUCUAGAGUUGCUAAUUAUGCAAGCUCAAACUUCAGUCCCGAAAAUUCAUCAGUUGCUCGGAUUGAAAUUGAAAAUGAACUUAUUGCUUUGCGAGAGACAGUUAGCAGUCAGCAACAAACUAUCCAAGAGCUCUACGAGGAGUUGGAGCAAGAGAGGAAUGCCUGCUCUGUUGCAGCGGCGGAAACUAUGUCUAUGAUUCUGAGGUUGCAAGGUGAAAAGGCUAAGGUUAGGUUGGAAUUUGAUCAGUAUAAGAGGUUCGCCGAGGAGAGGAUCGCCCAUGAUCAGCAGGAGUUGCAAGCCUUGGAGGAUUUGUUGUACAAAAAAGACCAGGUGGUCCAAUCCCUAAACUGUGAGAUCCAAGCUUACAAGCACAGGAUGCUAAGUUAUGGAUUUGAACCAUCUGAGAUUGAGGCUGCAAAAGUGGAUGGAAGUUGCUUUCCUGGCCAGCGAGAUGAGUUUUCUCCUUCGAGGCCCUAUGGGCGCAAUCGUAGCAUGGCUGAAAAGUGGGAAACAUAUGAAACGUAUGCGCCGGAAGAAUCCAAUCGGUUUGGAUGCUUAUCAGGAAUUCCAAGUUUCUAUGAUUACCCUCCCUUGAGAUGCAACCCAAAUGAGACCCAAGGUCCUCAGGACCUUGAUUAUAAUGAUGUGAACUUUGAUCUCGAUAAAUAUGCUUCGGAUGAAACACCUCGUACCAAAAUAUAUCAAUUGGAGAGGAUUCCUAACACCUAUUAUGUGGAUGGGGAGAGUGCGAGCACGAGGAAUGUGCAUGAGAAAGUGGUGAUUGGAAAUUCACCUAGGCGUUUGGGACAUCUUAGAAGGGUUUCUACUGAUAGCUCGAGCUCAUUCAAUGGAUUGAUUAAGGAGUCUGGUCCUGAUUACAUGCCUGAAAAUGCUGGCAUUUUAAGACAAAAUGGUGGUUUUAGAAGGGAGGAUCUUUUGAAUUCGGAGGAGGGUCAUUCGAGCUUCAGAAAGGUCGGUAAUUCUUCAGAUUUCGUUGAUGAUUCAAGUCCUCGAAUAUAUACUAUUGAUUCGGGUACUCAGAGGAGUGCUGAAGGAAAUGGAAAGGGUUUUCCGACUCUAGAGACCGAUCAAAUUGGGAUACCUGAUGAUGGUGAUCCUGAACCCAAAUCAUCAUUGGGUAUUUGUGAUGACUAUGCAGCCACUCCUAGAGGGCAUUUGACCAGGAUGGAUACUGGGGAAACAGAUAUAAAGAAGCUCUACACAAGGCUUCAGGCUCUUGAGGCAGAUAGAGAAUCAAUGCGGCAGGCCCUUAUGUCAAUGAGAACUGACAAAGCUCAAUUGAUAUUGCUGAGAGAGAUAGCGCAGCAGCUGUGUAAAGAAAUCACUCCUGAGAACAUGGUGUGUGCGAAGAAGCCUUCUCUUAUGGGAAGCUUCUCGUUUAUGUCUGUGUUGAAGUGGAUCGUGUCAUUUGUUUUCUGCAGAAAGAAAGCUCAUCGAAGCAAGUACAUGUUUGGCUUAUCCCCCCACAAUGUUGGCUUGCUAUUACUUUUAGAGAAGUCCCCUCAGACGAGAUACUGGAGAUGCAUUACAGGAGGCAGAUAGAUGAAGCUUAUGUCUUGCUUCUUGUGCUUGAGCAAUGUCCCUUGUAGAUUGAGUUCAGUUUGUGACGUUUGGAAUUAACAGCUUGACUGGAAUGUUGGCAGCUUGAGAUUAUUUCUUUGGGGUUUGCAGCGCUUCAUAGAUGGCAGUUGAUCGUAACUGGGUGAUGCAUUUUUGGUGGAAAAAUAGGUUUGGGGAAUUUCUCAUGACAUUGGUGGAAAAAUAGGAUUGCCACGGUUAAUAGCAUGGAUAUAUGUAUGACUUGGGUGCUCAUUCGAUUUGUAGAAAUGUAUAUGCAUUCAUGUCAUUUUCUUGUUUAUAACGUGGUUUCUUUUCCACAUUCUUUAUCAAAGAUGUGGCCUCAUCAAUGAAAGGAAAUUGUAGUUUUCAUACACAAUUACUCCAAGAGAGGAUAUUUGUUCAUUAAAGUCACCUGAUUGCAUUUGCCUCUA